AUGAGUGAACAGACAAGAGAACUUACUGGUCCAUUUGAACCAAAAUCUUUAUCAAGAACUAAUACUGGUGAAAAUAUAAUCACUGAUAUCAAUCUAUAUCAACCAAAUAUACCAUCGCUGCAAAUAUCACCUCCUAAAAUAGAACAAGAUGCUAUAUCACAAACAUCAGUUAAUGACUCCCAAGAUAAACUAACUAACACGUCUACAGAUAAUAAAAAUAUGUUUCAAAUGGCAAAUUUGUUUAGAAAUCAAACAAAUAAUAAGUCAACAAAAAAAUUCCCUAAUUUAUCCUUAAAAACUGGACUACACGUUCGAACUAGUAACGAAGAAAAUGAAACAUCACUUAAUCUGGCACCAAUCCCACCAUCAAGUGGUUCUUUCAUCCCAUCUCCUCUUACACCUAUCACAAAUAUAUCUAAUAUGCUUCGAAGGCCGCGAGAAAAUAGCAACAAAUCGGGAUCUACUUCUAGAUCACGGCCAAUAUCAAGGUCAGUAUCAAUAACAAGUAAAGAAACUAAAAUUAGUGAUGCUGCACCACGAUCAGCUAAAGUAUUAUCUUUCAUAGCUGCAGAUGAUAUGGAUGAAUUUGAAGAUAUUGAGAGAGGCUUUAGAAGUGCAGUUGACGAUAAAGGUUUUGGUUGGUUACCACAGAUCUCAAAUGAAGACAAUUACAGCGAUGAAGAUAAUAUUGAUGAAGAUGAUAUACAACAACCAAAUAGGUUUUUAUGGAAACAGCAGACUCAAGCACAGGAAGACUUAAAAAAUUCUAAUAACUAUAAUGAACUUAGGGAUACUAAUCAAAAAGAUGUAUCUGAAAAUAUCCCAGUCCAGGAAUCAUCUCUUCGAAAUGAAUUAGCAAAGGAUGGUUCUAGCAUUGUCCAUUGGGAAGGUUCGUUAAUUCUAGCUAAAAGCGAUCUAAAGAAAGAUAACGAAAAAAUUAUUGCAGAUGAAAUAGUAUAUGAAACUACUGAAUCAUUAGUUGGAAUGGUUCCUGAUUUUGAUAAGCCAUUGAAAGGCAUGAAGAAACCAUUAAGAUUAUAUGGUAAUUCGCUAAAUUUUUUGCAAUCUACAAGCCAUAUACGAUUAAAAUUAGCUAAUAUACAUCAAAAAAAUGUUACUAAAAGGGCCUAUAUCAUUUUAUUACUAUUAUUUACGUGUCUUUUAGCAUACAGAACAUAUCAACCACUGAAUCAUAAUUUUUUGUAUAGAUUUCAUUCCUGGGCUGAUUAUCUAAUAUUUAUCAUAUAUGUUGUUUUUACAACUCAUGAUGUAACUAAGAUUUUAGCUUUUGGUUUCUGGGACGAUUCUGAAAUGUUUGCUGCACAUGGAAAAGAGUACAUAUCUAUUUUGGAACGAUGUGGAGUUAUUCAAUUAUAUGAAUUUUUAGUUAAUAAAUAUGGAAGGGACUUUAUUGAUUUAUUAUUACCAUUUAAAAUCAAGACAUCUAAAGAAAGAAAAAAAAGACAAGAAAUAAUAAGAAAUCAUUAUUCAAAUAUAGAAGAACCUGGUUUGACUAUUGACGAUUUUGAAACUCCAAGAGCAUUUGCCAGAUCAUCAUGGAACAGAAUAGAUCUUGUAUCUACGAUUUGUUUUUGGAUUGGAUUAUUCAUAUCUAUUAAGAAUGUUGAUAAUAAAAAAGGUGUUCGAAUAUUUAAACCUCUUGCUUUAUUAAGAAUUUUAAGACUUUUAAAUACAGAUACCGGUGUCUCAUCCAUAUUAAGAACAUUGAAAUAUGGUAUCCCUCAGUUAAUUAAUGUUGGUUCUAUGUUGGUCUAUUUUUGGGUAUUUUUUGCUAUUCUUGGAGUUCAGUUAUUUCAAGGUUCUUUCAGAAGGCAGUGCGUAUGGAUCAACCCAAACAAUCCAACCGAAACCUACCAGUAUGACAUGCAAUUCUGUGGUGGUUAUCUUGAUCCUGUUUCAAAGAAACCAUUACCAUAUAUUUACAGUGAUGGAUCCUCGGGAGGGCGCUCUAAAGGAUUUUUAUGCCCAGUCAAUUCAGAGUGUAUCUCAAAUGCAAAUCCAUAUAAUGGUAGGGUCAGCUUUGAUAAUAUUAUAAAUUCUAUGGAACUAAUUUUUGUUAUAAUGAGUGCAAAUACUUUUACUGAUUUGAUGUAUUAUACAAUGGAUUCUGACGAAAUGGCUGCUGCGUUAUUUUUUAUUGUUUGCAUCUUUGUUUUGACUAUAUGGAUGAUGAAUUUAUUGAUCGCUGUUUUAGUUUCAUCUUAUGACUUAGCCUAUGAAAAACAUAGAAAAAAGAAACUUGAAAAGCAUAAUUACAAUAAUUGGCUCCUAGGAUUUAUAAGAGGUUAUUGGCAAUAUUUUAAGGUAAAAGCAUCUUCAACUCCAUUACCAGAUUGGUCCAUUAAAUCUAUCUAUUGGUACAAUCAAUUCAAAUGGAUAUUUGUGUUACUUAUUUUUACUGAUUUGAUUGCUAAGGCAUGUAUUAGUGAAAAUUCUGAUGAGGCUUACCUUUUCAAAGUUAAAAGGAUCGAUUGGGGUGUAUCUAUUGCCUUAUUUGUAGAGAGUAUCUUGAGAAUAAUACUCUACUUUCCUAAUAUGUGGAAAUUUUUGGUUAAAUUGGAUUAUGUCUACGAUUUCAUAAUUUCCAUUAUCACACUGAUUAUUAGUAGUAUGGCUGUUACAGGACGUAUAGGUUAUGUUUAUUACUGGUUAUCAAUUUUUCAGAUUUCAAGAUUUUAUCGUGUUAUUACAACCAUAAGCGUUGUUAAGAAUCUAUGGAGUAUCGUAUUGAAAAAUGGUGUUUUAAUUUGGAAUUUAUCAUCUUUUUACUUUUUCUUUUUAUUUUUAGUGGCAAUUAUUAUGUCAGUAUAUUUUGAAGGUGUUGUUCCUAGUGAUCAAGUUGAUGAUAAUGCUUUUGCCAUGUAUUCAUUGCCAAACUCUUUUCUUUCAUUGUUUAUUAUAGGUUCUACAGAAAACUGGACUAAUAUUUUGUAUAUUGUCCAACAAUAUUCACCAAAUAUUUCGUCUGCAUUUUUUUCUACUGUUUUUUUAAUCACUUGGUUUAUUUUAUCUAAUUCAGUAGUCUUGAAUAUCUUCAUUGCUUUGAUAUCAGAAAGUUUGGAAACUGAUGAAGCUCAAAAACGAUUAUUACAAAUAAAACAUUAUCUACAAAAGGUUUAUCCACGAAAGAUUCAAGAGUAUACACAUGCAUCAUUAAUGCAACGUAUACGUAAAAAAUUUUUUGAUAAAAGUAAUGUAUCUGAUACUAAAGAUUUUAAACAAUUUCUAAUGAGAGGUACCGCAAUCAUGAAUAUAGCUCAUAAUAUGGAUGAAUUAGCAGAAGAAAUGAGACAAAAGCAAAACAAUACACCGAAUCCUACUAAAAAGAAUAUAUUUAUGAAAUAUCUCAGCAGUAAAAUAAAUUUCAAAGCAUAUGAAAAUAUUUGGAAACCUUUUUCCAAAAACCCAUUUUAUAGAAAGACUGAAGUGAUAUUCACUGAAAAAGUAAACAACGAAGAAAGAUCAUACAUAUUACAACUUAAUGAGUAUGAAGAGGAAAAAUUAGCAUAUCUAAAAAAGCAUCCCACUUUUAAUUACAGCUAUUUUCUAUUUUCUCCUAAACAUAAUUUCAGAAGAUUUUGUCAAAGAUUAGUUCCCCCCAGUGUCGGAAAGAGAACAGAUGGAAUCCGAUUUUAUGAUGAUGAAACUGAUUUAUACACCCAAAAAAAAUUUUUCCAUAAAGUGGAAAGAGAUUUAUUUAUUGGACUAUACGCCAUCCUAACUGUUCUCUUAGUGGUUACAUCGUGCUUAGUUACCCCUUUAUUUAGAAAAAUCCAUAAUAUUAGUGUGUGGGGAUGGCCUCUAUAUAUAGACUGUGCUUUUGUAUCAAUGUUUUCCAUCGAGUUCAUAGUAAAAACAGUUGCUGACGGAUUUAUUUAUUCCCCUAAUGCUUACUUAAGAAAUCCAUGGAAUGCUAUUGAUUUUGUGGUUCUUUUAUAUAUAUGGAUAUAUUUUAUCACAUUCUUAAGAAAUGAAGGUAAUCUUUCAAGGCUUUUUAGAGGUUCAUCUGCAUUAAGAGCUCUGCGUUGUUUAACGAUUAGUAAUACUGCCAGACAAACGUUUCAUAUGGUGAUUUUUCAAGGUGGGAGAAAACUAUUCCAAGCAGCUCUGGUAUCUCUUAGUUUAUUAUUUCCAUUUACUGUAUGGGGAAUUGGGUUGUUUAGAAAUCGUCUAGGAACUUGUAAUGAUAGUAAUGUAGGCUUAUCAGGCUGUUACAAUGAAUAUACUAAUACAGUUUUCCAAUGGGACGUAAUCAUGCCAAGAGUAUAUUCUCAACCAUAUCUUUAUUUAGAUUCAUUCCCCAGUGCAUUUAAAUCUCUUUAUGAAAUUAUAUCAUUAGAAGGAUGGGUAGAUCUUCUUACGAAUUUAAUGAAUUCUACUGGGGUUGGUACAAUCCCGAAACCAUGGAGUAACCCAGCAAGUGCCAUAUUUCUACUUCUUUUCAACUUCCUAAGUAUGGUUUUUAUGCUGAAUCUUUUUGUUUCUUUUAUUAUUAAGAAUUAUGCCGAAAAUACAGGUGCUGCAUAUUAUACCAGUGAAGAAAAGGCUUGGUUGGAGUCUAAAAAAAUGCUGUCACAAGCCAAACCUAAAGCAAUUCCUAAUCUAUUUGAAAUGUCUGGUCUCAGAAGAAUUAUAUAUUUUGCAGCUGUGGAAAAGAAGAAUUUCUUAUAUGCAACAUUUUUACAAGUUGUUCUAUAUAUGCAUAUUAUUGUCCUUUUAUGCCUGUCAUAUGAAAAAGAUAAUUCUAUAACAAAGUUCAGCCAGAUUUAUUUCAUAUUCUCAACGACAGUUUUCCUUCUUCAGGAAUUACUUCAUAUAUACGGCGAAGGGCUACGGCUUUAUACUCGUCAAAUAUGGAAUUGCAUCCGUUUUUGUAUUGUUUAUGUUGCAUUUUUAUUAUCGGUGAUUGGUUUCCAUGUUCCGUACAAUAGCACUGCAUUUCAUAAUGUCAAAGAUAUUUUCCAAUUAAUCAUUUUUAUAUUCAUUAUACCUCAAAGUGAUAUGCUUUCUGAAUUACUAGAAACAGCAGCGGCAAGUUUACCAUCUAUUCUGUCAUUAACAUAUACGUGGGGGAUCUUAUUCCUUGUUUAUGCUAUGGCAUUGAAUCAAAUUUUUGGUUUAACCCGAUUAGGUCCUAAUACAACAGAUAAUAUAAAUUUCAGAACAAUAACAAAAACUCUUAUUGUAUUAUUCCGUUGUAGUUUUGGUGAAGGUUGGAAUUAUAUUAUGGACGAUUUCACAGUUGAUUUACCAUAUUGUUAUCAAGACGCUGUUACAAAAACUAGUGAUUGUGGUUCUGCUCAAUAUGCAUACCUAUUAUUAAUGUCAUGGAACAUUCUAUCCAUGUAUAUUUUUCUUAAUAUGUUCAUUUCGUUGGUUAUUGGUAAUUUUAGCUAUGUUUAUCGAAAAGUGAGUUCCAAAUCGCCUGUGGAUAGGACAGAAAUCAACAAAUAUAUUGAUGCAUGGUGUAAAUUUGAUGCGGAUGGGACUGGUGAGUUAGAAUUUUCCCAAUUACCUAAACUAAUGCAUUCAUUUGAUGGAACAUUAUCCUUCAAACUCUGGGAAGGACCAUUGACUGUGAAAAACUUGGUUAAUAAUUAUAUGAAAGUGAACCCAAAUGAUCCAUAUGACGUUAAAGUCGAUCUUGACGGUUUAAAUAGAACAUUGAAUACUAUUAAUAAAGCUAAGAUGAUUUAUAAAAGACUUCAAUACAGACGGUUUAUUCAAGAAAUGAAUUACACCCAUGGUUAUGAAGGUGUUAUUAAGUUUAAUAGUCUAUUAGAAAGUAUCCCGUUAUACACAGUGUACAAUCCAAGAGAAUGCCUAGGUAUUGAUCUUUAUGUCAGAUAUCUUUACACGUUAAAUAAGGUUGAUAAGUAUCUUGAAAAUGAAAAAAAUGUGGAUGUGUUAGAUAUGAUUGUUGUUAAAUGGAAAUAUCUUUUAAGAAAGCGUAAUAAAAAAUAUGUUCAACAGAUGAAUGUCCCAGAAGAUCCAAAUAACUUAAGCAUAGUUGUUUCAAAUCCCUUUAAUGAUCCAAUUGAUAAUACUAACAAAGAAUAUUUACCGUUGACUACUCCUAAAAUGGAUUUUGGUAUUAAUAAAUUCAGAUGGUCUCCUAGAAUGAACAACCAAAGCCAAAGCUCGGACAAUUUUAAUACGUCGCCACGCUUUGAUUGGACUACUAAUAUGGAUGAUAAUAAUAUUAAAUAG